AUGCUCACCCCACCCCUCUCAACUCUCUCCACCGAACUGCUGGUCCUUAUAGUUGACCACGUCGAACAAAUCGCAUCGACAGAAGGGCUGAAAGCCUUAUCGUUGGCCGAUCGGGCCUUCACUCCACUCUGCCAGGAGCGCCUCGUCAAACAGUUGUCACUCUCAGGAAAACCAGUAUCCACCAAGAAACAACUCGCCAACGCAUACGAGCUCCUCUCCCAUAAACCCUCUUUGAUCAACUUUGUCCAAUCCAUUCAGUUAUCGCUCCUCUGGCACACCGACGGAUCGUGGUUAUUCAACAACGGCACAUUUACGCGGAUUAUCCUCCUGUUGUCGCAGAGCGCCAACCCGCCUAGUCGACUAUGCAUAGACGGGAUGCAGAACUAUGGAUCACAGCAUCCCGAUAUGCUCGUUGGAAAGAUGAUCAGGACGUUCUUCGCGUCCUCGCUCGUCGUCUUACACCUCUUCCAUUGCACGGACGUUCCACCACCCAUCCUCCUCGUCUGUCCGAACCUCAAGGAGCUCACGCUCGUGCGGGUGUCCAGAAUCAACACCGUCACGGAAGAAGGGAUGGACUACUUCGAGCGCCCAUCGCCUUCGCUUGAGACGUUAACCUCGUAUGAGGGGUUUGAUAUCCUUUCGUUAUUUACCGAUUCCCCUCGAUUGCCUCCACUUCCACGACCGUUGGUCGACAUAACCCGCUUGAGAACGUUCACGAACACGCCGAGGACUGGGGAAGAGAUCGGGUUCUUUUCCAAAAUCCUCGAUGCAGCUCGCGAUUCGCUGGAGGACCUCACGAUCACGUAUCCGUUGCUAUUAGAGGCGGAAGAUGACUACCAACCACUCCCCUCCUUCCUCAACCUCUCCACGCUCUCGCGACUACACACCUUCAAGCUCAACACCCGCAUAACCGAAGACGACCCCUCCCGAUCUCUGAACGUCGACGAGCUCAGGAUUGUACUGGACGCCAUACCCCUACCGAACCAGCUCACCACACUCGAUCUCGACAUCGGCGUCUACGGAGCCUCACCCUUCCAUUCCACACGUUCUCAAGACUGGCGUGGACUGAUGAAGGCGAUUCGUCGUCUUUCCCAGCCUAUCGAUGUCGGAACGAGGUCGCUAUCAUCCUUAUCAUCACCCUCCGGAUCGUCGUCGUCGUCGUCGUCGUCGAAGGUGAAGUUGACGUUCAACUUUUCGUUCUCGACACAGUCUACGCCUGGUUUUCAUAUCUCCCAAAGCCAACACGAAGACCUUGUCGAAUUUGUCAGGGGGGAGAUUCAGGUUGAAUCGGAGCUGGACUCCGAGACGUCGAGCGGGAAUGUGAUAGUGAACUUCACGAGCGCGAAGGACCCGCAUGAGCCGUGUGAUUGUAGGGAGUGUGCUGGAAGUUCGUCGGAGGGGUGGACUACCGAGGAGUCGGAUGCAGACAACGAGGAGGUAGCUACGUAG